GAAGGGGUGGCAGACACAAACAUGCACAAAAGGCAGAUAACUAUCCAACAGAACAAAAUGAUGCUCUAUCACGUCCCUUUGAACAAAUAAAUCAAAUAAUAUAAGUUAAAGGACUUUUUUGCCGUUUGGAUAUUGUUUCCACCAGAAGAGGCAGAAUGCGGGACAUGCUUGAAAGACUACAGAAUAUCAGCGAAGAGCAGGAAGAUGAUGAGCCAGAAUAUGGGCCUAAAUAUGAUGUGGACGAGGUGAAUCUGUCUCCACAGGCAGUCAUUUUUGAGAACUCCUCAGCAAUUGAAGAUAUAUUGAAAGAGGCCCAUUCCAUACGCAAGGAGAUUUCUUUGAUCCAAUUGGAGAUAGAGCGUCUGAGUUCCCAUAAUGAACGCUUUGGCACCUCUGUACGACGGCUCACCCUUCUGAAAAGGGACUCCGAUUCCAUUGCCAGAGGGAUCCAGAAACAUGGGGAGUCUCUGUAUGCCCGUUUGCAGGCCCUGGGUAAGGAGAGCAGCCAGCUGGAGGAGAAAGAAGGUCCCAGCUCUGCUGUUAGUCGCAUUGCCCGUCUUCAGUAUGACACUCUGACCCGUGCCUUCCAUGCUACCAUGAGUGACUACAACAGGGCAGAAGAGAAGCAGAGGAGUGCAUGUAGGAAGAGGAUCCAGAGGCAGGCCUCCAUAAUUGGGACAGACAUCAGUGAUGAGCAGCUGGAUGUGAUAGUGGAUAAAGGUGGCGAAGGCUGGUCAGAACUGUCCCAGAGCCUUCAACCAGAAUCUGUGGGCUCAUGCCGUGUAGCACUGUGUGAUAUUAAAGGACGACACAAGGAGCUGGUGGACUUGGAGGCCAGGCUGAAGGAAGUCCAUCAGCUGUUCCUGCAAAUGGCCACACUGGUAGAGGAGCAGGGGUCUAUACUUAACAGUAUUGAGGUUAAUGUUUGCAACACCCAGGAAUAUAUUGAAAAUUUCAACUAUAACAUUAAGAAAGCCAUACAAUACAAGAGGAAAAACCCUUUUCUGCAGUGUUGCCCCUGCCUACCAUUCUGUAGAAGCCGUUAAUUUGUUCAGCACCUGUAUGCACAUUGAAAAAAAUAUGUUGUGCAAUAUGCUUAAAUUAAGCAAUUACAGUGUUUGCAGAGGUAUUUCGAUGCAGUAGAGAGCUUUACCCUGCAAAGGAGCAUGCUGUCUAAUUAACUGAUUAACAUUUAAAUUCAAUGCAGUUUGAAGUUUUAAGUUAUUGUUGAUUAAAUUUACAGUAUAAUGACUAUGUUGUUAUGAUCACAGAAUUAAUUAGUAUGCUUCAAUAUUUGUACUUGCAUGUAAAAGAAAGAAUUGAACAUUAAAAAAGAAUGAUUUGUUUUGGAAUUCUUUAGUCUGAAGAUGUUCACUGACUUAUCAAAUAAAUGCUGUUGU